UAUCAGUUGCGUUGAGUUGCCGUUAGUCGCAGGCUCUAUGGAAAUCUGAGAAAAUGGCAGCAGAAAUAGAACUGAGAAAGAGCAUCACUCAAUUCCGCUACAGCAACUAUGGCGGUGACGAAAUCGACUUUAUUGACGCAUUCUGUUUCGAUAUGGACGAAGACGAUCACAGAGAAAUAAUGUCGGUGAUGGGCGGAUCUCUUUCACGCCUUCCGGGUAGCUUAAAGGAUGACGUAUUGAGCACAUUUUUAAUUAAACAUCCAGAACUAAAAGAACAUAUCGAAGCAGAGAAGGAGAAAACGAAAAGAGAAAGUUUUGAGUUCGAUGUACUAAAGACUACCCGCUGGACCGAGUUUCAUCAGGAAUUCGUGAGAGAAUUGCAAUCGCUUGUCAGCAUUCCCUCAAUCUGUGAACCUGAUAAGCUCUGGGAGCUGGUGCGUCAUAAGCAGCAGCGACCAACCUACGAGCUAGUACGCGCGCUGGCGAUACAGAAAUUAGGCAACGAUAUAAACAAUUGCCUGUACGUGCGCUAUGAGUUGACCAAGAGCCGCAUGAACGAUCAAAGUAUCAAAACAACAAACUUGGAGCAUUUUCACCUAUUCAGUUGGACGGAGGAUCGAUUCUUGGCCAGGCGGCAAUUGAAGGGAAUCGCUUGGCUGGAUAUAUUUGAAGCAUCUCUAAGCGAAAAAUACUUGGAAGCCUUCAAGUUGCAGGUCGAUAUUUUAGAGCUGGCGCGACUAAUAAAGCCGCUUUUGUUGAGUUUUUACUCGGAAAAUAAGGAAUACGUAGCGAAUGCGGUGCGGAUAAUAGA